CGGAAGUCGUAUUUCUCGUAGCAGCGGGAGAGCUCCUCUAGUGGAGUUUUGAUCCAGUCAAGCCCACUUUCCAAAAUGACAGCGAGAAAAUCUGGCUCACGACUGGAGACCGAGAUAGAGCGGAACCGCUCAGAGAGUCAAUGGGACAAGAUACCGGAGUUAGUUCGACAGCUCUCCGCCAAACUAAUCUCAAACGAUGACCUAGGGGAGUUGUUGCUGGGAGAAUGCAAGCUUCAGAUGUACCUGAAGGAGAACCCCAUCAAACAGGGAGCCAGUCCAAGGGGCCAGCGACCUAAACUGGUGGAGGUCAGAAAACACCUUACUGCUGCUCUGGACAGAGGAAACCUCAAGGCAGAUUACCUGCAGGAAGCCAGCCUGUUGAUGGCCAAACUUUGCUAUGUGGAGGGAGAAUACAGAGACGCUUUAGGUCACUAUAGCAGGGUCAACCUGGAUGACAUGCAGCUGAUUGGAGCUCCUGUGUACAGGCUUUCCAUGAUAGCAGAGGCAUAUGCUACUAAAGGACUGUGUCUAGAGAAGGUCCCCGCUGCCUCUCCAUCUCUGUCCAAUAAGAACACUGGGUCUCCAUCGUCCAAUAGGAGCACAACAGAUCAGGAGCAGGACAUCAUCACCUGCUAUGAAAAAUCCGGAGACAUCGCUCUUCUCUACCUGCAGGAGGCCGAAAAGGUAAAUGCAUUGUCAGCAGGAAUUCAGAACCGCAGCCCAAAGCCCGGCCCGACAACCCAGGACCUGGAACUGGGCUACUUCCUGGAGACGGGCCUGCAGAGAGCGCACGUCAUCCACUUCAAAAACGGCAACCUGACCCGAGGCGUAGGGCGGUUUCGAGAGAUUCUUCGGGCUGUAGAGACCAGAACCACCCAGAGCCUGCGCAUGACUAUAGCCAGGCAGCUUGCAGAGAUCUUGCUCAGAGGAAUGUGUGAACAGAGUUACUGGUCUCCUCUGGAAGACCCACCAUCAGUGUCACCAUUGGACGAUCCAACACGGCAAGGACACACUCUCAGCAAAAACUACAGCCUGAGCCGACGCUCGCGAGUGUACUCGGGAGAGAAUCUGUUUUGCCCUCAAGAGAACACAGAGGAAGCGUUGCUGCUGCUGCUCAUCAGUGAAUCCAUGGCAAACCGUGACGCUGUCCUGAGCAGAAUUCCCGAACACAACAACGAUCGUAUCAUCAGCCUACAGUCUGCCUCUGUGGUGUACGACCUGCUGACUAUAGCUCUGGGCAGGAGAGGGCAGUAUGAGAUGCUAUCAGAGUGUUUGGAGAGAGCCAUGAAGUUUGCCUUUGAAGAGUUCCAUCUGUGGUACCAGCUCGCUCUGUCCCUGAUGGCAGCUGGGAAAUCUGCACGUGCCGUUAAAGUCCUUAAGGAGUGUAUUCGUCUGAAGCCUGACGACCCCACAAUCCCAUUGCUCGCUGUCAAACUGUGUAUUGGACCUCUGCACUGGCUGGAUGAAGGCGAGUGCUUUGGAAAGAUGGUGAUUGACAUGGGAGAGAAAGCGGCUGAAUUCAGAGCAAAAGGCUACCUAGCUAUUGGGCUGGUUUACAGCCUCAAAGCCACUGAUGCAUCGUUGAGAAGCACACAGGAGGACUACCAGAGGAAAGCUUUGGGAUCCUUCCAGAGAGCUCAGAGUCUUUCUCCUACUGACCAUCUAGCAGCCUUUUAUUUGGCCCUGCAGCUUGCUGUAUCCAGACAGAUCCCCGAGGCACUAGGCUAUGUUCGACAGGCGUUGCAGCUUCAAGGGGAUGACGUCCACUCCCUUCACCUGCUGGCCCUGCUGCUCUCUGCUCAGAAACACUACCACGAUGCGCUCAAUAUUAUAGAGAUGGCUCUGUCCGAGUACCCUGAAAACUUCAAUCUGCUGUAUACCAAGGUCAAGUUGGAGUCGAUGUGUAGAGGACCAGAGGAAGCUCUGCUUACCUGUAAACACAUGCUGCAGAUCUGGAAGAGCUUUUACAACCUCACCAAUCCCAGUGAUUCGGGGCGUGGCAGCAGCUUGUUGGACAGAGCCGUAGCAGACAGACGACAGCUCAACGCCAUGACUCUGCCUGACUUCAGUGAUCCUGACACAGUCUCAGGUUCUUCAUCUUCUCACUCUGGUUCUGAGCUGGUCUCCCCCACCUCCCCAUCCACCCUUUCCACCUUCUCCACCUUCUCCAGCCUCUCCUCACCAAUGUCCUCCCCUUCUUCCCCUGUAUUCAUCCUCCAGCCUCCCCCUCUCCCCCCACCUAAAAAUCCAUCCUUCCUCCCUCCCUCUCCUCCUCCUCCUCCUCCUCCUCCUGCGCCCACCAAGACCAGGACUCACUCCUUUUGCAACCACGUCACUCUGCGCAAGCUCUCCUCCAACUGUUCAGUUCAUGCUACGUCUAUAGCAGCCAGCCGUGUGGAGCAGGCUCUGUCUGAGGUCGCCUCCUCUCUGCAGAGCAGCGCCCCCAAACAUGGACCCAUGCACCCCUGGAUGACCCUGGCUCAGAUCUGGCUGCAUGCAGCUGAAGUGUACACUGGCAUGUCCAAGCCUGCCGAGGCCUCUGCCUGCACGCAGGAAGCAGCCAACCUCUUCCCCACAUCCCAUAACGUGCUGUACAUGAGGGGGCAGAUAGCUGAGCUGCGGGGAAACAUGGAUGAGGCCAAACGCUGGUAUGAAGAGGCCCUGUCCAUCAACCCGACGCACGUUAAGACCAUGCAGAGACUGGGUCUGAUUCUUCAUCAGCUGCAGCGCUACUCUCUGUCGGAAAAAGUCCUGAGAGAUGCUGUACAGGUCAACAGUACGGCUCAUGACGUGUGGAACAGCUUGGGGGAGGUCCUGCAGGCUCAGGGAAAUGCUGCCGCUGCCACAGAGUGUUUCCUCACCGCAUUGGAGCUGGAGGCCAGCAGCCCCAUUUUGCCCUUCACCAUCAUUCCCAGAGCUCUAUAAAACACACACACACACUCAUACACUCUCUUAACAGUUAUCGCCUCAGUACUAUAGCACAGUGGCACAAAUGAUGGACCUGCACACAAACAAACAACAUGUACACACAACAUGUACACACAACAUGUACACACAACAUGUACACACAGCAUGUACACACAGCAUGUACACACAACAUGUACACACAACAUGUACACACAACAUGUACACACAGCAUGUACACACAACAUGUACACACAACAUGUACACACAACAUGUGCAUGCCUGCAUGCCACUAACACCAAGUUUUACUGCCAUACGUUCAGAAACACACACACACAUAACCACACAUACACGCUGCCCCUUGUCCACCCAACCUUCCCACAAUGCCUUGCUGUGACUAUGUAAGUGUGAGGGCAUGUGUCUGUAUGCUGAUAGGUUGCUUGUGUCUAGUGUACACCCAUGUGUGUGUGUGUGUGUGUGUGUGUGUGUGUGUGUGUGCAUAGUUGUGAGUGGUUGUAUUUGUAGUAUGCUGUGAGUGUGUUUGUUGUUUGGUCCUCUUCAAAGAUGUAAAUAAUCUUAAAUUGAAGUUCCCACUCUUCCAUCACUAGCAUUUAGAGAACCUCAGAGUUUACAUUUUGUUUACAAGUUGUUUUUGUCCAAAACUUCUUUCACACACACACAGAGUAAUUAAUGUUUCCUUUGUGAGCUAAAUGUUACUGAAUCUCAAACACACGUACACAUAUGUUUAAUCUGCUGUAAUGACCUUUGAGAAUUUCCUGGAGCACGGACAGUCAUGAGAAAUAGAUCACAGAAGAAUCAAUCAAUCACUGAAGUCUAAAAUGCCAAAACACAGACUGCAUUUACACACAGGAAAUCAGAUUUAAAGCUUUUGAUGUCCAGUGGACUACUUUCACCGCUAUUUUAUCCUCCAAUUAAAAACAUUUCUGCAAAGAA